ACCGGUGACCGAAGUAAAUCACCAAUCACUUGUCAACAAACAUAGCGAAAGAGAGAAAUGGAAACUACCGGAAAAGCGAAGAAGGGUGCCGGAGGCCGGAAAGGAGGCGGUCCAAGGAAGAAGGCGGUGACUCGUUCCAUCAGAGCUGGUCUGCAGUUCCCUGUCGGUAGGAUUGGCCGUUACCUUAAGAACGGACGCUAUGCUAAACGUGUCGGAACUGGUGCUCCGGUUUACCUCGCCGCCGUUCUUGAAUACCUUGCUGCUGAAGUUUUGGAAUUGGCAGGAAAUGCAGCAAGAGAUAACAAGAAGAACAGAAUAAUCCCAAGACAUGUUUUAUUGGCGAUUAGGAAUGACGAUGAGCUUGGAAAACUGUUGGCUGGAGUUACCAUUGCACAUGGAGGUGUUCUUCCCAACAUAAACCCAGUUCUGUUACCAAAGAAGACAGCUGCAAAAGAGCCUAAAUCUCCAUCAAAAGCUACCAAAUCUCCAAAGAAAGCUGAUUAGCUUACUUUAAUAAUGAAUGAUGUUGUUCAUCUGUGUCUGUAAUUGUAGUUAAAUUGAAAAAUGGAAUUUAGUUUUUCUAACCAUUGGGUCUGUUUUAGAUGGUCAUGAUAUAUUUCUUGGCUUGGUGUGACAUCAGUUUCAAUGCGAGAAACCUCUUGUUUCUAUCUA